AGCACUUCUUACGCCACUCUUCCCUAACCAGGACACUUUUAUUUGCCACUGAACUCUGGUAUUUUCUGAUCGCUGGUUUGCCGAUAUCGCUUUUGCUUUGCUAUGGAAGCCUACUGCCAAUUCAUUGACCCGUCCAGCGUGAGCACCGCGGUCACAUGCCGCUUCACGGACCCUGCGCAGAACGACUUGCUUGUGAGCAAAGGGACGUUAUUGCAGAUUUUCCGGGUUGUGGAAAGGACUGCGGUGGUUGUUGAGGAUGAUUACACCCCAGCUAAUGCCGAUGACACGUUUUUAGACAACGAGAUGGUCAUAGAGACGGUCAAUACCACCCAGCGACUCAAGCUUUUGGCGCAAUACAAACUCGACGGUUUAGUACUCGGGCUUCAGAAGGUCCGAACGACGGAAGCCUCCGACCUAGACUAUGUGGUGGUGCACACAAAGUUUGCAAAGCUCUCAAUUUUACGGUGGGACGCGCUGCGCCACCAGAUCACCACCGUCAGCUUGCAUUACUAUGACUCGUGGUUCGAGUCGCGCACGUUCGACCGCCCCAGCGAGGACCAGGUCGCAGAUAUGGUCACGUUGCGCGUCGAUCCCAAUAGCAGCUGCGCGUGCGUCGCGUACCGCGACUUAUUGGCGGUCUUGCCGUUCCAGCGCGCCGACGAUGAGGAUGAGGAGGCCGCCAGCUCAGACGCGUUUACCCGGCCUAGCUUCCUUGUCAACUGUGCGGAGUUGGAUGCCUCAAUCAAGAACAUUGUGCUGGUAGAGUUCUUGCACAACUACAAGAAGCCCACGCUUGCAAUCCUCUUCCUGCGCACGCCCUCGUGGGCCGGCUAUCUCCCCAAGGCUAAAGAUACCCUCAGCUAUCUUGUAGUGUCGCUUGACCUCGCGGCAAAUGCGUCCACCGUGGUGAUGGCGGUAGACCACUUGCCGUACGACCUCUAUGAAAUUCGCCCGUUGCGCACACCGCUCAACGGAAGCUUGCUCGUGGGCUGCAACGCGUUGCUCCACAUCGACUCCUCCGGUUCAACCAAGAGUAUCGCACUCAAUGUGUUUGCCCAUGAGGGCACCAAGGUAAAAUACACGCGCGACCAGGCGGCCUUGGACCUCCGCCUUGAGAACUGCCAGAUCGCCGAGAUCAACCGUAACAACCUCUUGAUGGUCUUGGAAACCGGCGCGUUCCACGUCGUGCACUUUGAGGUUGACGGCCGCUUGGUUAAGAACGUGAGUAUUGUGCCGGUUCCCUCAAACGACUAUGUGGGGGUCCAGAUCAGCUCCCCGUCGUGCAUCCACCGUGUUGGCGAGAUUGCGGGUCGCGACUUGUUAUUUAUCGGUAACCUGACUGGUGCAAGCGUGUUGGUGGCAUGCCGUGGCAAAGAAACUGCCCCGCCCAGCUCCGUGUCAGCGCACGUGGUGCCGGACGACGAUUUGGAUUUGGACGACGAUUUGGAAGACGAUCUAGGCGAAAACCUGGAUGAUGGGAGAAUUGUGUUUGCCUUGCAAGACUCACUCAUCAACUUGGGCCCCGUGGGCAACUUUACUAUGGCUAAGACCGGUGUCGCCAAGUUCAAGGCCAACCUUCCUAAUCCGAACUACCAGGAGGUCUCUAUCAUCACCACCUCCGGCUACGGCGCCGAUGGCUGCUUGAGCAUCUUGCAGCCGAGCAUAGAGCCCAUCAUUAACCACUCGUUGCGAUUCACCGACGUGUCUCGUAUGUGGACUUUGGCCCCAAAAACCCAGAACGACAACAGCUACUUGAUCACCACUGACACAGCCACCAGUAAAUCUGAGAUCUUUUUGAUCAACAAGGCGUACGAAAACUUCACUAGCAAGGAUUUUAUGAACAACGAGUUCACAUUGACGAUCAACUUGAUUGACAGCGACGAGCGCAUCAUCCACGUCACUGCGGGUGGUAUCUACUUGUUUGAUGCUGCCGAUUUCAAGCUCAUUGAGCAGCAGAAGUUCGAGGAGGCGGAUGAAUUCAUCGUGUCUGCCACUGUCAGCGACGCGUACAUCUUGUUGACUUUGAACAACGGUGAGGCCCAGAUUUACGAGGUGACGACGCGAGACCCGCAAAAGAAGGCAAAAAAGGCAAAAAAGGCUCUGAACUUCCUCAAGAUCGAGAUCCCCAGUAUCUUGGAAGACACCCUCAUUACCCACGGGUUCAUUGCCGACACCAAACUCUUCAACGCGCUCAAGCUGAAGGCCAGUUUGAAGCGCGGCAGCGACGGUGGCGCCAAGACUGCGGUUGACCUCGCUCAGAAAAGCAAGGUGUUCAUGUUGGUCACCGGUGAUAACAGAAUCAUCGCGUUCGAACGCGAGCACCGCCAGAAGAGCUACCAACUCAACCAUGUGAACCGCUUGAGCAAUAGCUUGAAGUUGGACUGGUUUGACUUCAACGAUAACGACGAGCCGGAUCCGUUUAUCAAGCAGAUCGUUUUGUCCAGCUUGGGGAAGGACGACGAGGACGACGAGUAUUUGACCAUUCUCACCGUCGGCGGGGAAAUCUUAAUGUAUAAGCUCUUCUUUGACGGGACCGACUUCCAGUUCUUGAAGGAAAAGAACUUGUUGAUUACCGGGGCCCCGGAGAACGCCUACCCGUUGGGGACCAAAAUCGAGAGAAAACUCGCCUACUUGCCGAAUGUCAACGGCCAUAGGUGUAUCUUUGUGUCCGGUAUCUUCCCCUACUGGAUCACAAAGACCUUGCAGUCACCUCCGCGCAUUUUCAGAUUCACCAAGAUGCCGGCCUUGUCGUUCGCGUUGUUCAACUCACAGGAGCUCACCAACGGGUUCGUGUAUCUCGACGACAACAAGAAUGCCCGUAUCUGCACCAUUGACGACUCAUUUAACUACUCGUUAAACUGGCCAGUGAAGCAAGUGAUGCUUAGCGAAUCAGUCAAGUCCGUCACGUACCACGAAACGUCUAACACGUAUGUAGUUGCCACGUACAAAGAGAUUCCAUACAACUGUGUCGACGAGGACGGGCUCCCAAUCCCGGGUGUGGACGAAACCAAGCCCCCCGCCAAGUCGUACAAGGGCGCCAUCAAGCUUGUUUCUCCCAUUAACUGGACCGUCAUUGACCUGAUGGAGUUGGAAGACAAUGAGGUUCCUCUCAAGGUUGAGUCAAUGUUCUUGGAGAUCUCCCCGUCAAAUAACCAAUUUAACGGAUUCAUGCCCCACAAUAAGAAGCUCAAAGAGCUUAUUGUGUUUGGCACGGGUAUCUACAGAAUCGAGGAUUUGUCGGCCAACGGUGGCUUCCAGAUCAUGGAAAUCAUCGAUAUCAACCCGGAACCGGAUAGACCUGAGACCAACCACAAGUUUAAGGAGAUCUUCAAGGAGUCGAUCAAGGGUGCGGUGACCUCGUUGUGCGAAAUCAACGGCAGAUUUGUCGUUGCCCAGGGGCAAAAGAUCAUUGUCAGGGACUUGCAGGAUGAUAACACGGUGACUCCGGUGGCGUUUUUAGACACCGACGUGUAUGUCACCGAGUUGAAGGCCUUUGGAAACUUGUUGUUAUUGGGUGACGCCAUGAAGAGUAUUAAGUUUGUUGGGUUUGACGCUGAGCCGUUCCGCAUGAUUACCUUGGGUAAGGAUUUGCAAAACCUCAAUGUCAACUGUGCCGAUUUUAUUGUCUACGAUAACGACAUGUUCUUCUUGAUCUGCGACAACGACAACAUUUUACACUUGUUGCAAUACAACCCGGACGACCCCAUCUCCAUGGGAGGACAACGUUUGAUUCAGAAGUCCUCCUUCUGCAUCAAUUCGUCCACCACCUGCUUGAAAUCUUUGCCCAAAAAUGAGGAGAUUGCCCGUGGGGUUCCCGAAUCGAACGUGUUCCAGUGCGUUGGUUCCAACCUUGAUGGAUCUUUCUACAAUGUGUUUCCGAUUUCCGAAACCACCUAUAGAAGAAUGUACAUUCUCCAACAGCAGAUCACCGAUAAGGAGUUGCAUCACUGUGGGUUAAAUCCGCGAGCGAACCGCUUUGGCGCUGAUUCUAUGAUUAACAACUAUAACUCCAACUCCAAGCCGAUUUUGGAUUACGACGUCAUUAAAGGCUUUGCCUCGCUCAGCAUAGACAAACGUAAGUUGUUGACAGCCAAGGUCGGCAAGAAUUCUGACCAAGAGAUCUGGAAGGACUUUGUGUGUUUCGAAAGCACCCUCAAAGAGCUCUAAUAUAGAGAAUAGAUUUAGAGAAAAAUAAAGUACGGUUUAGAUAUAAUUCGGGG